AUGGCGAAAACACAGUCGUCUUUAGUUACCUUGAUCUUCUACCCUCUAUUAUUGCUUGCAGCAACACUAUUUGUGCUCCAAUGCCACUGCAUAGACCCACAGAACAAGAAGAUUCACAUAGUGUACAUGGGGGAGAGGCCACAAGGAGAUGCACCUCUUCUUGCAUCCGUCCACCAUGCCAUGCUCAAGGAUGCACUUGGAAGUCCUCGUUCUGCCAAAGAGUCUCUAGUCUAUAGCUACGGCAGGAGCUUUAAUGGAUUUGCUGCCAAGCUGACAGCCGAUGAAGUAGCAAAGGUUUCAGAAAUGGAAGGAGUAAUAUCUGUGAUUCCAAACCACGUCUUUGAGCUGCAUACUACAAGGUCGUGGGACUUCAUGGGUUUGGGUAACAGCAGUGUUGUUGGCACUCCUCCCCAGGAAGGAGAUGUCAUCGUCGCCCUUAUAGACACUGGGAUUUGGCCGGAACAUCCUAGCUUCAGCGACGACAAGAUGGGCGCUCCCCCUGCCAAGUGGAAUGGGACAUGCCAGGGCGCCAAUUUCACCUGCAACAACAAGAUCAUUGGGGCGCGAUACUACAACAGCUUCGAUUCCUACGAGGACGACUUCCCAUCCCCAAGGGACGCCAUCGGACAUGGCACUCACACCUCCUCAACUGCAGCCGGCAGGGAGGUGCCUAACGCAAGCUUCUUUGGGCUGGCCAACGGAACCGCCAGAGGUGGAGUCCCCAAUGCCAGAAUCGCCGUCUACAAAGUCUGUUGGUACUUCGGCUGUGCCACCGCCGACAUCCUUGCUGCAUUCGACGAUGCCAUUGCCGACGGCGUCGACAUCAUCUCCGUUUCCCUUGGAUCCGGAUGGCCAUACCCAUACUUUGAGGACCCGAUCGCCAUUGGGUCUUUCCACGCCUUCAGGAAGGGGAUAUUAACCUCCUGUUCUGCGGGGAAUUUUGGCCCUUACCCUGUCUCAGUGGCCAACUUUGCACCUUGGAUACUCACUGUUGCCGCCAGCACCAUUGACAGAAAGUUCGUCGCUGAGGCUGUUCUUGGCAAUGGGAAAACUUUUUCGGGACUGUCCAUCAAUAGCUUCGAUCUGAAUGGCACCACAUAUCCCUUGAUCUGGGGAGGUGAUGCAGUGAACUACACAAUAGGUUCUAAUCCAGAAAUUUCGAGUUACUGCUUUGCGGAUGCCAUGAAUUCAGAUAUUGUUAAAGGAAAGAUUGUUCUUUGCCAAAGCUUCCGCGGAUCUACUGGAAUCCUAUUGGCUGAUGGCAUCGGCACCAUCAUGUCCAGUGCAUUUUAUACCGAUUUCGCCUUCAGCUACCCCUUACCAGCAACAGUUAUCAGCCCAGAAGAUGCACUUACACAAAUUAAACCUUUCAGCAACCCCGUGGCGACCAUUUUGGUCAGCGAGACGCCAAAGGAUAUCAUGGCACCAAUUGUCGUUUCAUUUUCCUCCAGAGGGCCCAAUCCUUUCAGCCCGGACAUUCUCAAGCCUGAUCUCACUGCCCCCGGCGUGGACAUUCUUGCCGGCUGGUCGCCGGUAGCACCACCUUCCAUCUCCUACUAUGACACCAGGAGCACCUACUUUAACAUAAUCUCCGGCACUUCCAUGUCCUGCCCCCAUGCCAGCGGCGCCGCUGCCUAUGUCAAAGCCGCCCACCCAGACUGGUCUCCGGCCGCCAUUAAAUCUGCCCUCAUGACCACAGCUUCGGUAAUGGACCCAAGGAAGCAGGAGGACCUUGAGUUUGGCUAUGGAUCUGGUCAGAUCAGCCCCACUGCCGCAGUAAACCCGGGACUCGUAUUCGAUGCAUCCGAGGCAGAUUUCGUGAAUUUCCUCUGCAAGCAGGGCUACAACACUUCCACUCUCCGGCUGGUCACUGGAGAUGACAGCGCUUGCAACAGCACGGAGCCCGGAAGAGGUUGGGACCUCAACUACCCCUCAUUCUCCCUGUACGUCGAGGAUGGCCAGCAGAUCAACGGAGUGUUCACCAGGACAGUGACCAAUGUGGGGGCACCCAACUCAACUUACACGGCUAGCAUGUACAUGCCCACAAGUAUCAGUGUGUCGGUAGAGCCGUCGGUGCUCUCCUUCUCUGCCGUCGGAGAGAAGAAAUCGUUCACGGUGAAGGUGACGGGGCCGAAGAUUUCACAGCAGCCGAUCAUAUCGGGUGCUAUAACUUGGAAAGAUGGAGCCAACGUGGUGAGAACCCCGCUCGUGGUGUAUAACUACGUCCCUGGUGCUCCUUACAAUCUUGACAGUGAAUCCACGACCGAGUUGAGUUCUGAAAGGAAGCCUAGUUUUCAGGGUUCUAAUUCCUUUUUCAGCCACAAGAAUGACAUCUUUGGAAAUGGAGCUAUGAAAUCGCACCACCCUUGAAUUACUACUCUGCAGUCUGCACACAGAUGGAGGAGCUUCAAUUAUGGCAGAAGAUGAUGAAGUUGUUCUUGCUGCCUAAAUUAAGUUGGAGGACGUCUUCAGUAAUGAUAAUAACAAUCAUGUAAAUUAGGAGCCUAGGACUGGAAAAAACCACGUCCAAGGAGAAAACGCCUAAGUGUGGUAAUGGCGUGGGCGCCGGCAAUGCCACACCCUUUGAUAUUUUAAUAAAACUACUACUCCGGACUGAAGGCCGACCUUGCUGCUUCCAUUUUCAUUCCUUUACUAAUUCCUC